AAAGGUUUUUAGCAAGAAGGUGCAAUUGUCUCACUUUCACCAACAUAUAAUCCAUGUUGCUAAUUAGUGGCUAGAAGAGAUGAUUAUCAAUAGCAAUAUGAUAUAUGUGGGUAAAGCUUUAGUAAAAUUUAGAAAAUUUCAGCAACAUGGCUCUUAUUGCUGAAAUUCACUUUCAGCAACAAGAACCAUGUUGCUGAAAGUGCAUCUCAUUCUGCCACCCACCCGGUCGCUGGGAUUGGUUGCUACGCGGGGGCUGGAGGUUGGGAGCACUUUCAGCAACAAGAGGCAUGUUGUUGAAAGUACAAGAGGUGAUCAAAAGAGGGACACUUUCAGGAACCUGUCCCUUGUUGCUGAAAGUGCAAGGGGUGGCCGGAGUUGGGAGCACUUUUAGCAACAAGAGGCUUGUUGCUGAAAGUGCAAGAGGUGAUCAAAAGAGGGACACUUUCAGCAACUUGUCCCUUGUUGCUGAAAGUGCAAGGGGUGGCCGAAGGUUGGGAGCACUUUCAGGAACAAGAGGCUUGUUGCUGAAAGUGCAAGGGGUGGCCGGAGUUGGGAGCACUUUCAGCAACAAGAGGCUUGUUGCUGAAAGUGUAAGAGGUGAUCAAAAGAGAGACACUUUCAGCAACAUGCCCCUUGUUGCUGAAAUUCAAAGAACUCGUUGCUGAAAAGUGGAGCUCAUUUAAAUGGCCAAGAAUUCACUGGAAAAUAUCAGCAAGAUGGAGUAUGUUGUUGAAAGUUACUUUCAGCAACAAGAAGUGUAUUGGUGAAAGUGGGGUAGCUUUUUGCAUGGAUUGGUGCACUAUAGCACUUUCAGCAACAUGGGGUUUGUUGCUGAUACCUAUUUUCAGCAACAAACAAUCUCAUGUUGC